GUCAAGCAAAGCAAGCUGUCAUCCUCUUCACAUCGGCCAUUAGCGGAAUCAAAACACGUUUCCGUGUUUGGGGAGAAUUAGUUCGAAAAAUACUAGAUUUUCUGCCGAUUUCGUGUGCGCUAUACCCAUCUUUCCACGAUGACGGCUCGUUCCAAAGGGCGGCGGGACAAAAAUAACCGUAUCCGCCGAGCAAAAAACAAACAGAAAGAACUUAAGAAACUAAAGAAAACCCUGGGACUGAUCGACGACGAUGGCAAAGAUCUGAUGGAAAAAGUAAAAGAAAUCACCGAACAGCAAAAACGUCAAGAGGAAGAAGAAAAGAUUAAGCAGGAAGCAAUGGAGGACAUCAUCAAGCAAGAAACACAGGAGUUUUGUGACACGGAAGAGUAUGUCGAAGUGAAACACGAAAAAUCCAAUGUAACGCAUCGCUAUAAUGCUAGAACAAAACGGGAUCAGUUCGGUCAGUAUCCGGUUUGGUAUAAUGCCAAAAAGGAGCGUAGGAAGCAGAUGAUCAAAGAAGGCAAAAUCAAAAAGAAGCGCCGAAUUCCAGGACGCAAGAUGCACUUUAUCGACGAAACUUGCAACUGGAAAAACAUCGUUUAAUCAAAAGGCUAUUUCUGUUAAAUGAAACCGAGUCGUUUUCUUUUUUUGGAAUAAGAUAUUGUAUUUUAUGUCUGUUUCCGAAGUAGGAGGGGAUAUCAAUAAAUAAAUCUUCAAAACAA